AUGAAGGCGAACGACAACCGCAAGGUUGGAGCGGUGUUCAACACAGCCUUGGUGUUUCCUGCGCUUUUCUGCACUUGCUACCAUUUCUAUGAACUCUCAAAGAAGCCCGUUAGCAAGGAACAGUGCUACUUAUGCGACACAUGUAUCUCAGCCUUGAGAGGCAAAAAUAAGAUCAAGGAUCAUUCUUCACACGGUAGUCAUUCUCUCAGCGACUACCACCACCAGAAAUAUGAAGAUUUGGUUGUCAGUAAGGACAACAAUUGCUUUGUUUGUACAUGGUUAUGGAACAAGUUACCAAUCCUACCCGAUAGCGACUCUUCAAAGAUCGACGGCUUUCGGAUCUAUUGCACCGUUAAUCGACCCAAUCUCAAAUUUCUUGCCGUAUACCCCUGGGCAAUGAAUGUUGUGCUCAAAGUCUCUAUGUGCGCGAUGGAAGAUCUCGGCAGCCGGGGCUCCUCGCCUCCGCCGAUUUGGACUUUGCUUGAUGCUCAACCCUGGACUGAUCUUGACGACCAUAUGGGAGCGAGCAGAUCUCUUCAUCAGGUCGAAGCCUGGCUUUCAUCAUGUGAAGCAGGGCAUGAAUAUUGUCUUUCACAUGGCUGGAGUCCAGGGAAAUAUUUCCCUACCAGAGUUAUUGAUGUCGACAGGGUCGAAGACGGAACAGUGUAUCUCCGUGAGAGAUCCGAAGUCAAAACCGGGUUCUUAAGCGAGGGAAACAAGGCUGGAGACCUACGCAGAGGGUAUCCUGCAUACUGGACACUCUCGCAUCGAUGGGGUGACCCUGAGUUGAUCCAGCAACUCUCACAGAGCACGGAGAAUCAGCUUCGGUCUGGCAUGGGAGUGAGUGAUUUGUCGCCAACCUUUUGCGAUUCUUGCCUGCUCGUUCGCCGUAUGGGCUACAGAUACAUAUGGAUCGACUCUCUGUGCAUCUUUCAGGACUCUCUCAGCGAGUGGCAGCAAGAAGCCAAGGCGAUGGUAGAUGUAUAUCGCCAUUCAUUUUGUAAAAUUUCCACCAUAGGCGCGCCCUCAAAUCCCAGCAGUGUCGGCCUAUUUUCCAGGAGAAGACUUCCUUUGAGGCUAUUAUUCUUUUUCCAGAUACACGGGCAACACUUGGACGACGAAAGAGGCUUCAGGGUUGGGCCAUGGGUAGUUUUCAACGAUUCUAUUUGGACGGACGACGUCGCAAGUACACCCUUGAGCACACGCGGGUGGGCUGUACAGGAACGUUUCUUAGCUCCUCAAGUUCUCCAUUUUACGGAGAACCAGAUAUACUGGGAGUGUCUAGAGACCACGAUCCUUGCCAAAGAUUGGCAUUUGCGCCCGCCUAUUCAGACAGUAUACAAGGCGGUGGGACGGGAGAUCGCGAGGAGCCUUUCCAAAGUACUCUUGGGGCAGCAGUAUAUAACGUGGGAGGAAGAAACAGCUUAUCUCACUCUCUGGGGUGACCUUGUGUCGAUCUACGCAAACUGCGCUCUGACAAACGAGUCAGACAGACUUAUUGCCAUGUCUGGUAUCGCUAAGAGCUUCCAGGAGGCCAAUAAAGAUACAUACUUAGCUGGACUGUGGAAGAAGGUCAUACACUCCGAUCUGGCCUGGAAGACUGACGCUAGCGAUGGGGCUAAGGUGUUUCGCAGUGACUCGUCAGGCAUCCCAGUCUCUCUUAUAAACCUUGUUGCGAAGCGAAUUGUAUCGGAACCCCCAGGGAGCGAUCCUACAGGCCUACUACGGUCAGCAGAGCUCGAUAUUGAGUGUAUGCUGUAUUACUACCGCUGGACGUCCCAGUCGACCACACUCGCGGUAUUCAAGGACGAGGCUAGACAUGAUUGCUAUUUCAGAAAGGAAUUUGGCUCACAACAUCUACACCUUGACACCGCGAAUAUGGCGCGAAAGUUCAAAGAGAUGGCGGAGGUGGAAGGGGUUUGUGUGCCGCUAUGGACUACUUUCAGACGUAUUGGGACUUUCGAACACGGGGAAAUAGGGAGAUUGAUUAGUGAAUGGUCUGUGCCCGGCACACGCAUCACACUUUUAUAG